AUGGAUGUGGAACUUGCUACGAUAUCGUUAUCUGAAUCACACUCCGAGGUUAUAUCAUACCCUUCACCUGGAUCUGGUUUGUCUUUUCUCUGCGGUUGUGUGUCAGCUACGCAAUAUAAUAAAAUCAUAACAAUAACGUGUUAUGAAGGUGAUGUCAUCCAAAUGGAACCAAACGGUUAUACAAUGAGAGACGAUACCAGCCGUAACAACUACUUUGAAUGUGGCAGUCGGAAUCACGGUUCAUGUAAAUCCGACUUUACUACAAUAUCAUAUACAUCUAUCCAUAUUAAAAAACGAUCAUUCACUUAUUUUUCUGGACGAAGAACUUUAUACGUAAAAGAUCGCAUGGAAAUUUAUAAGAAAUGUACUCUUCAGAAAUCAUGUGAUAUAAUGAUUGCCGGAGUACAACAGGACCAAGAAAGAUUGGUGAAUUAUCCGUACUACUGUCAUUCUGCUAAUUCACUACAUGAUAUAUCAGUAAAAGUUGAAAGAUCAAAGAAGGGUAUUUUAUAUUUUACUGGUAAGAAGUUUAUAGGACAGAAGAUUGAUUGUGACUGUUCUGUCACUCGUUCCACUGAGAUUAAUGUGGAAAUUUUUUUUAUUCAUUUAAAACCACACACCUGCUCCAAUGUGAAAAUAUUCACGACCAAACGACGAGUGCUUCGUUGUUCUAGAAAUGAUACUAUAUUAUUACAUAUGGAGGAAUUUAAAUCGACACAUUUUAAACUGGAGAUACGAGGAAUGGAACCAGAUGGAGAAGAUGUUAUAUUUUUGAAAGUAGGGGGUAAGGCUUGA